CGUUUGCGUGUGUGCGUGACGUCCGACGCCCUUGCUGUUUCCUGAACAACCGGAAUCGAUGGCUGCGAGCAGGCUCUAAAUGGAAUUAUCAGAAAAUCCUAUAGAAACAGCCGCAAGCAGCUCCAGCACGUCGACAGCCCACCCAUCGCAAGACCAACACCCAGAGUCAUCCCAGUCGAGGGCGCUGCGCUCUAGCGCCCGCGUCAAAGCAGCGAAGCAGAAAGCCCAGGACAAGGGGAAAGGGAAGGAUUCCCAGCCAGCAGAGCCCGCGACCGCCGACAACGCUCGAGUCAGCACCAGCCGAGCACCCAGAUCUAACAAGCGACCAGCCAAAGCCAAGGCAGGCUCUCCUCCACGCAAGCGAGCCCGCCGUGCACCCUCCGCCAACAGCGCGCCUCUGACCAUCAACGAACCUGUGCGAGACCCCAAGGGCAAGAAACGCGCAGCGCCAGAUCCCAGCUCCGACGAAGAAGCCGGACCAUCCAAACGCACCCGUACCCACUACUCCCUCCGCUCCCAGAACCCUACCGACAAGCCCGACAUGACGCGCAAGACCCGUGCCACUGUGAAGGGCAAAUCACCUGCCAAGGGCAAGGCCGCUGGCUCGUCCCGCCUCGAAGACGAAGAUAUCACGAUGGGCGAAGCUCAUCUUGCCUCCGACGUCGAGGACGAGUGCGUCGAUGAAGACGCCGGGCAGCAUGACGAAGGCCCGAGGCACGAUGAGGAAGACGAUGAUCAUCCCUUCGACGACGAUGACGACGGUGAUGACGGCGAGGAUAGUGGGAUGGGAGGCAGCGGUGGACCACCACCGAUCCCAGACUCGCUCGACGAGAGCACCGCGAUGGCCAUCCUCGGCGACUACCGCCAGUUUGGCUCUUACAUGCUAUCCCUGUCAUCCCGCAUCAAGACCCUCCUGAACAACAUCAAGCCCACUGCCGAUCCGACGACUAGGCUCAUCUCGCUGCAGGAACUCAGCGAGCUUCUGAGCAUCAGUACUGAGGACACGUUGGCGGGCUCGUUCCCAGUAGAGUCGUUUGUUCGAGAACUCGUCAAGAUCCUCGGGGGCCGCGGCUCUCCCGAUGAAGACGACGAAGAUGGCGACGAAGACGGCGAGAAGGACGAGGAUGCUGCCCUUGCUGCGGCUCUUGCUAUGAGCACCGGCGGCGCUUAUGCGGGCGAUGAGAAUUUAGAGGCUCAAGUUCUCGCCUGUCGGUGUCUGGCCAAUCUCAUGGAAGCGUUGCCUGGUGUCGCACACACGGUCGUGUACCAUGGGGCGAUCCCCGUACUGUGCAGCAAGCUGAUCGAGAUCUCGUAUAUUGAUCUUGCUGAGCAGACAUUGAGCACAAUGGAGAAGAUCUCCGAAGAGUUCCCAAGCUCAAUUGUCCGCGAAGGCGGUCUCUCCGCGCUUCUCAACUACCUCGACUUCUUCUCCAUCGCCGUUCAGAGGACAGCCCUACAAGCCGCCUCAAAUUGCUGCCGCAACAUCUCCCCCGACCACUUCACCCAAAUCAAGGGCGUCUGGCCCAUCAUCCGCAAUUGCCUCAGCUACUCCGACUCACGGCUCGUCGAGUUCGCCUGCAUGUGCGUGGUGCGCGUCAUCGACGCGUACCACCGCAACUCAGUCGGCCAUCUCGAGGCCCUUGUUGAUACUGACCUAAUCCGCGCUGUCAAUCUCCUUCUCCUUCCUGCCGGCGGCUCGCCGCUGAUUGCACCCAAUACCUUCAGCCUGCUCUUGCGCGCUUUGGCUACUUCGGCGCGCGCCAGUCCCAAGAUUACCAUCUCCUUGUUGGAGGCCGGUAUCGUGGACACGCUGUACCAGAUACUCACAGGCGUAUUGCCCUCUGCUGCGUCGAGUUCUUCCUCGCAAGGCGAGUCUCAAAGUGGACAGGGUCUUGGUGGCGGACUUGCCGACAUGACCGUCAUGGAGAACCUCGCGCACCGUCCGAAGGAGCAAGUGGAAGAGGCGUUGAGCCUGAUCUCGGAGCUGAUGCCCCCUUUGCCUAAAGAUGGCGUGUUCGAUCACAAGAGCUACACCGAGAAGUCUUUGGCGCGUCUGAUCAAGGCAAAAGCGAAGGCCGAUAGAGCAGCGGCACGACAAGCCGCGCAAGCGCCCUUCGUUGCCGCCUUACUUCUUCCCGAGCCCACUCCCGCGACGGCUUCGUCGACGCCUACAGGCGAAGAGCCGAGUGAGACUGCUGCAGGAUCUUCCACCCCAGCCCAAGGCGAUGAAGCGUCCGUUUCAACGUCUACCAAACCCGCAGGUGCCCCGGUUUCGGAGCGCACGCAGCUGAUGCGCUCGCAUCCAGACCUCGUCGGGACUUUCAUGCAGCUUACCGUCCCAAUCUUGAUCGAUGUCUAUGCGGCUAGCGUUAACUUGUCGUUGAGGACGAAGACGCUCACGGGGUUGCUUAAGGCGAUCAGCUUCCUGGACGCCGAAGGCCUGAAGCGCGUUUUGGCGUAUGUCCCGGUUGCCGGCUUCGUUUCCUCCGUCUUAUCUUCUCGAGACCAUCCUUCUCUCGUGAUUGGCGCCUUGCAGCUGGUGGACCUCUUGCUUUCCCGUGUCCCCGGAUUGUACAAGCCGUCUUUCCGUCGCGAAGGUGUCUUCCAUGAGAUCGAAAGCCUCGCAGCAAGGGAGCUCGUGUCCAAGAAGGACAAGGAGGCGAAGGACAAGGACUCGUCCGAGGGCUCUGCCGCUGAGUCAGCCAGUGCUGCCGCCCCUCCGCCACCCGUUGUCCCAUCCAGCAUCCCAGGUUACAAGAAGCUCACAUCGCUGGCGCUCGACCCUGAGGAUGCUAUCACCCUACGCUCGCGCGUCAUGAAGUUCAAGUACAUGGUUGGUGACGAGAAGGAUGCGGAGGACGAUUCUUUCGCAAAUCUCCGCCGGAUUGUGGAGACGCUGUCAAACACGAAGGCAACCGAGAAGAUGUUGUCGAGGGCUUUGAACGAUCUGGCGGAGCUGUUUGCGUCGCCGCAUACGUCGGUAUCGAGCUUCGAGUUGUUGCAGAGUGGGUUGGUAGACGGAUUGCUGCAGUUCAUGACGGAUGCUGAGCAGGGUACUGUGCCUGUUGCGAAGCGCCGCGAAUUGUUCUUGGAUUCAUUCGCUGGUGGACGCGUGAAGGGCUUCGGCCAAAGCCAGUCGCCAUAUGCGACUAUCGUCAAGAAGUUGCAAGAGAGUUUGACGAGGAUGGAGUCCUUCGAUGUCGUCACCGUUGCCCAGGGCAUCGACGACUCAAAGCGCAGCUCGCCGUCCUUGCUCGCUCGCCAGCUCCGACUGCGCCUCGUCGCCGACGAAGACUCGGACAUCCCGCGAUCUUUGAACAACAUCGUCGUCUCCAUUCAUGCCAUCGCUACCUUCCAAGCCUUGCACGACUAUCUUCGCCCACGCGUCAGCGGCCUCCUCGGCCGUGGACCAACAUCGUUCACUGGCAUGUUGGCAGCAGCGCUCGCUGCUGGAGGACUCGGGCGUCUGCGAGACGAGCUUCCUUCGACAUCAGCAGCGCCACCACCACCAGCAACGUCGUCUUCGGCAUCGGCUCCUGUUAUUGGUCGUCGGCGCAGCCAGCGACUCAGCGCUAAGACAACCGAUGGUACUCAGUCAGUCCCGGGUGAGCCAGCGAACCCGCCAGCAGACCCAGGCGCGUCGGCCUCAGCCCCUGUCGGGAGUACACCCACGGAAGAAGCGGCCGAAAGCCUGGCGAAUCUAGUAGAUGCGGGCUUGGAAGCGGACUUUACGGACGAUGAGGUCGACGCGGAAGUGAUGGACGAGGAUGAGGAUCCCGAUAAUUCUGUCGCGGACAAGACGAUCACGCUGAACGUAGGCGAGGAUGGCGAGAAUGUCGAGGCUCAGACUCCGGAUGGCACGCGGGUGGCGACGCCUAAUCCUCCUAGAGAGGCGCCAAAGCCUGCCUCCUCUGCGAAGCCCUCGUAUGCUGCAGCACUCAAGUCGAAGCCAGCGGACUGGCACCUCGAGUUCUCCAUGGAUGACCAGGUCUUGCCUUUGGAUCUGACCAUCUAUGGCGCCGUUCACCAGCAGGAGAUGCGUAAGAAGGAGAAGUCGGGCGUGCCCAUGGUGCCCGCGAUGUUUUGGCAAGGGGUCUACACUGUCAAGUUCAAGAAGGUACCUGGUUCUGUGGAUGCUCGCUCAGAGACCUCUGAGGCGGCGUCCAAGAGCAGGGCACCGAGCCCUACUCUCACAUCGCUGCCUGAAGAUGCUCCGCACGCCAAGAUCCUUCGUCUCCUCCGAGCCUUCCACGACCUCAACCUCCUCGAGGGAGAGCGGUCGGCCUUUGUCGGCGAGAAGCGCACUCUGCCCGAGUCAUCUUUCGUCAACAACAAGCUCACCGCGAAACUGACGCGCCAGCUCGAAGAGCCCAUGAUCGUCGCCAGCUCCUGCUUGCCGGACUGGGCCCUCGACCUGCCGCAGCACUUCCCCUUCCUGUUCCCCUUCGCGACGCGCUACAACUUCCUGCAGUCGACGUCGUUCGGCUACGCGCGCCUCAUCCUCAAGUGGCAAGCCCAGCAGUCGCGCGGGCAGGACUCGUCGCGUCGGGACGAUGGCAUCGGUUUCCUUGGCCGCCUGCAGCGCCAGAAGGUGCGCAUCUCGAGGAAGCACCUCCUGGAGAGCGCCGUCAAGGUCUUCGAGCUGUAUGGGUCGUCGUCCAGUGUGCUUGAGGUCGAGUACUUCGAGGAAGUUGGCACGGGCUUGGGACCGACCUUGGAGUUCUAUGCUUUGGUGUCGAAGGAGUUUGCCAGGAAGGAUCUCAAGCUCUGGAGGGACGCGGACGCUGCGAGCAAGUCUCUAUACGUCGAUCACCCGGCGGGUCUCUAUCCAGCGCCCAUCGGCACUGAGGACUUGGACAACGAUGGCGGACACAAACGGACGCAUCUCCUGCGUGUCAUUGGUCAAUUCGUGGCCAAGGCAAUGCUCGACUCACGUAUCAUCGACCUAUCCUUCAACAAGGUCUUUAUGAAGCUUGUGCUCGGAGAGGAGGUUCCUCUGACCAUCGCGACGCUCAAGCUGGUCGACCAAGGGCUUGCGGACUCGCUUGUCAAGAUCCAGAACAUCGUGUCCGGCAAGCAGCCGCAAGACAAGCUCGCCAAGAAGGUGGCCAUGGUCGAGGGUGUCACCAUCGAAGAUCUUGCUCUUGACUUCACGCUGCCCGGCUACGACAUUGAGCUUCGCCCUGGUGGUCGCAAUGUCGCCGUCACAGCCGCGAACGUCGACGAGUAUAUCCAUGAUAUCCUCGACGCCAUCCUUGGCAAAGGAGCGCAAGAGCAAGCGGCCGCUUUCCGCGAGGGCUUCUCGAAGGUCUUUCCUAUCAGCGACUUGCGGGCCUUCACUGCCGAUGAGCUCGUCUUGCUGUUCGGCAACGGCGAUGAGGACUGGAGCAUUGAAACUCUCACGGAGGCGCUCAAGGCGGACCAUGGCUUCAACUCGGAGAGCCGCUCGAUCCGCAACCUUGUCGAGAUCAUGGCGAACUACGACCCGCCCACGCGUCGCAUGUAUCUGCAGUUCAUCACUGGAAGCCCCAAGCUACCCAUCGGCGGUUUCCGUGGCUUAAACCCACCAUUGACCGUCGUUCGCAAGCCGCACGAGGCCCCUCUCAAGGCGGAUGAUUACUUGCCGAGUGUCAUGACAUGCGUGAACUACCUCAAGCUGCCCGAGUACAGCACGAAGGAUGUCAUGCGGGAGAAGUUGCGCGUCGCGAUGUUGGAAGGUGUUGGCAGUUUCCACUUAUCAUAAGCUCGUUUGAACGCGGAGGAUCGUUGCUUGUCUGCUCGAAUUACCGUACGCACGUAGGAUAUUAUGGCUCUAUGUACAUGAAUUUUCAGUAUGUUGUGCUUUGUUGCUUUUUGGCUGGCAGGGACGAAGUUCUCUAGCGAUUACGGACAGAUACGCAUACCCCUACGCGUACAGCGUAGGUUAGGAGCUAAUUGGCCAAUUUUUCCUGGUUCGUCGUCUGGUGUUGUAGUGCGUGCAAGUGGCUGGUUUCUGCUAUGGACAGUCAGUAAAGCAGAGCUUACAUGGAGAUGCCAGGAUGGUUGCGUG